CAAACAUCGCACAGAGUGGACUAGGGAACAAGACUCACCAGUUUCUGGCUGAGAAUCAGUGGCUCAGGCUCAGACCCUGAUCAUGAGCUUUCCCGUAGGUGUUUACAUCACCUCCUCCCGUGACUCUUCCUUCACGAGAUUGCACGAGCAGAAUGAUGCAACAUGCAAAGAGUGCAGAGUUUUGGUCUACCUAGGGUCAAAGCAAGACUGGAUUGCGUUUGGAUUUUAGCCUGCAUUGUGCCUGCAUUCUGAUGUCAGCUUAUGGCAAACUCGAGGCAGACGCUGCCCCCGCUGGGUGCUCGCAAAGGCAGCAAAGGAUCAGAGGAGAGGACCGGAAGCACUGGAAGCACCAAAGUCGCUGCUGGCCUCAGCAAGACGGGAGGGAGUUCAGUUCGCGUCGGGGGGGAGGUGAAUCUCCGCCGCCGCCUGGAGGUUUCUCUCCGCCGCACGGGUGUACGGUGAAGGCCUUUUCGAUUUGGAUAACCCUUUCAUCGGGAUCUUUCGACUUGGAUGAGCCUCCACGAGGACCGCCUGGGCCCGCCGGCAUGCGUCGGCAUCGGUCACGGUCACGGUCACGGAGAUGCAUCCGCACGGACAUGCGUCGAUCCGCCCAGGGUGGCCAGCGUAGACCAAGUGGCCGAGAGGCAGAUAGACCAUCAGCACCACUACGUGUGCAGAUUGCAGGUGCUUCUCAUGAAGUUGCCGGGGCCGAGAAGAAGCCCAUGGUGUUGCUGGAGCUCAAGGGGAUCUCCUUCGAGGACCUGACAGACUACCGGAUCCAAUGGCGCUCGCUUCUGCCAUGGGUUCUCGAAAAAGACGGAACGGACAUCAAGGACUUUUCUGAAGAUGCCUAUCUUCAUGAUCCUUUCUUGGCGGUACCUUUGCAACUUCCAGGGCUGAUUCAGCUGCGAAUGUUUCAGAAAAAGUUUCCCGACAACAUUGCGGCCUGGAACGAUUGGUGCCGAGCUGCGAAGAAGGAGAUGGAGUGGCUUUGGCGGUCCUGCGACCCAUUUCCGGUGCACUUGCCAGCGCCGAACCCACUGGGCGUUUCGCUGGAGGUCUCCGAAGAGGACGGGGCCUCCCUGGUGGUGUUUCUCUCCUUCGCUUUGCCACGGGACGUUUCUGUCCCGGACGACGUUCCUCUGCAUUGGCAGUACCGCUGGCGGGAUGCCACGUUUGGGCACGGUCAAGAGGACUGCUGCGUUGACUCCUUUGAGACUCUUCUGAAGGAGCGCGGGACCCCACGCGUGCGCUCGCCCGCCCUGCGGGGCGAUUGGGAGUGUACUUCCGUCAUCUUCUCCGUCCGUUACCUCUUGGGCUCCAGUUGGAGCGCUUGGAGUGACUUCGCCUCUGGUUCGCCGAACUGGGCUCCCUGGCAGGGGCAACCAAAGCUGAGUAUCUCCUCCUGUGGUUUUACCAAGGCCAUUCUGUCGCUGGCCAGCCCUGCGUGCGUGGGACAUGUAAAGGCGCAGAUUCGGAUCGAGGUUGGACAGGUGCAAGGAGCGAUGCAGACUGUCUUGGUGACGGAACGACCAAGCUUCCAGGCCCAGACAUUCACGUGUCCCUUGCGAGCCCUUCGUCCUGGCAACAGUUACACCGUUCGUGUGUCUUCUCGACGGUGGCGCAUUGACCACGAGUGGCAGGAACAGUUGCAGGAGCUCCAGCAGCCUCUCACUGGAUCAGAGCAAGGAGUUCCGCCCAUGUGGGCGCUCGCACCUGGAAUGCUCGAGGAGGUACACGUAGAUGGAGACCUGGAUUGGUACCCCUUCUGGCUUCAUCCGAUCAUCGCUUCUUGGCCCAUGGAUGGCGUUUCGGCCGAGUGGAGGAGGGAGGCUCCGGGCGAAGAGUGGUGGACACUGACGGCGUGUGAACGGUCCUCGCUACACGCGGCGCGGCAAAAGGAUGCAAGAUUGGCCAAGGGGUCUGGCCUUCGGAUCCUUCUCCCGAAGCUGACGACGUGGAUUCUGGUGAGGCUUCGCCAUACCUGCGGUUUGGUCACAUCAUCGACAAGGAUCAGGCCCAGCUUGUUGCCCUUGCAGGAGAAGCCAUUGGCGACUUUGGUGGCCAAGGAUUCGGGUCUUGCCAUUCAGCUCUCCCUGGCAGAGGACCACUGUGGGACGAUGAUCCAGUUUAUGGCGACAGCUGAAAGCAAGAUAAACAAGGGCGACGUGGGAGCGCAGAUUUCCCACGAGUUGGAGCCGUGUUGCCUCCGUCCGCUCGCGGACGAGGCGCCAGUCCGACACCUGGUCGACGUGGAGGAGCUUCGCAUGAGCCCAGUGGAGGCGGUGGCGUUUCAGGCCCGGAUUGGCGAUGGCCGCCAGUGGUCGGCCUGGUCGCCGGCCUCCGAUCUGCUGGGCCUUCGGAUCGCUCCACCGGUACCAGAUCGCGGCGAGUUGACCGUGCAGGAGCUGGCGAAAGGGGUGGUCGAGGUACUUUGGAGCAAGUUCCGACGCUUGGAAGGGCUUGAGGAGGUUCACUACGAGGUCACCGCCACUUGCGCGGGCUUUCUUCAGGAAAGGGUUUGCCUGCUGUCGGAGACAGAGGCAACCCACUCGGGCCAGUUGGCAGGCUCGUGCCGGGCCGUGUUCGAGCGACUGGUUCCUGACACGGACUAUGACUUUGUGGUCAAAGGAAUCUACCCAAAGCUCAAGCACUUCACACGCUGCGCGGAGGACGCGGAAGAAGCAGGAGCUGCCUCACCGGUCUUGAAGGCCAGCUUGCGCUUGAAGGGUGUGGAUGGACGGGACUUCGAGCCGCCGCAGGCCGUGAAGCAGGUCGCACCUCCUCCUCUCUAUGGAGGAGCCGACCGCCGUUCCCCAUACAGCUUCGAGUUUUGGAUCGAGGUGGAUUCCCAUGUGAGCAGCUCGAGCUACGUUGUGGAAUGGCGAGCCUGGCCUGGCGAGACAUGGCAAGCUGCCGCGCUGAAAGCCUUGGGCCAGGAAGAUGGGCAAGAGAGGCCCGCUGGCUCGACGGAACCCAAGGACUCGCAGGGUCUGAAGGUAGAGCAGUUCAUUUGGGACUGUGGCCCGAGCCCACCCGAAGGGGUCGAACUUCGGGUCCGAGCUGCGGCGCCUUCGAUGCAGCGGAGCAGUCGUGGGUGGUUUUCCCCCAUCUCUGGACCUUUUGCCACAGCCUUUGCUGUUCCGGAGAAGCCCAAAGCCACGCUCCUGGUGAGUGAACCUCACUUGGCAGUGGCCAUCACCUUCGCUCUGGGCGGCCCCAGUAGCGUGCCAGGACCCACAGAGCCUGCAGGGCCGGUGGCGCUGGGGCACGGUCACUGCUUGGCCAGAAGAGUGCAGAUCUGCUACCGACGGGCAGGAGAUGCUGAUGAGGAAGUGGUGGAGAUGAAGCCCCGCGAGCUGAGGCUUCAAAGCCGGAGCGACCUUUCGGCUUCAGCUGAGAACUCGGUGCCGUCAGGUGGAGAACUCGUGAUGAUCCCUGCCACGCAGCCGCGGUUCUGGGAGGGUCAGCGGCUUCUCUUUGCGGUGCGGAUCGGUGAUGAAUACCGAUGGUCGGCAUGGAGUUCCUUCAGCAAGCCUGUACAUAUGAAACAUGCAGUUCUUCGAGCAGCACCUGUCUCCACGGGACUCAUUGCGAAGCCUCUGUCUCCAGAGCGGGUGGGACUGCAAUGGUCGUCCUGUGUCGCUCUCGCAGGUGUCGAGUACAUGGUGAGCAUGGUCCAAUUUGGAGCCACCGGGCGGGAAGUGAAAUCUACCGGCCAGCUGAUGGCUUUGUGGGCCGAGGAUGGCCUGGACCGUGAAGGCAUUGAGCUGGACAUUGACAUCGGACGUGUUCGCCCUGGAGCAUCCUUGCAAUUCAGACUGCUUGCUCGAACUCAGCGCCACACCCUGGGCACACCCUGCUUCGAGGAGCUCGCCCGGAGCGAGGUCCUCGUCUGGCCCAGCUGGAGCGGCGUUUCCGGCGGCGCGGCGGUUUCCGCGGCGGGCACGGCUUGCCUGGCGGCGGAAUCCUGGGAUUUGCCCGUGCCCCAUCUGCUUGCCGUGCCUGAAGAGCUAGAUGCCACGGGCCGUUGGCGGGGAAGAGCUGUGCUUCUCUCGUGGCCGAAGGGGGUGCCCGUGGGGGAUGCUGAUGAAGUACCACUGGAACUCCAAGCGUGUUGUUGGGAUGCCGAGAAGGAGGAGUUUUCGGAUGCUCAUGGCUGGGUUCCGGUGAGUUGGUCCUUGCUUCACGUGCAUGGUCUUCCGUGCAUUGCAGCUUCGCAGCUACCCUUCACCUCACUUCGUCUUCGCUGGUAUUCCUGCGAUCGAUGCGUGGCCGGGCCAUGCAGCGAGGCCUGCUUGAGCUUGGUCGACACAGCUGAAGUCGCCGUUUGCCAAGUGCUUUGCACGGUCUCAGCCGUUCAGGUGGAGGCCUCCUUUCAGCACCGUCCCAGCGGCGAAAAGAGCUCGAUCAUGGCUCAGUGGCGGUUUCAAGCUGUACAAGUGAGCCAAGCGGACGAGCCAGGCUGCAGCUUCUCCAGUUUGGGUGAGUGGUGUGUUCUGGAUCAUCACAUCGCAAGCAGCAGCGAUCGAAGACACUUCACCGGAAUGGACGGAACGGAGAGACGCAAAGUCCUGAUUGGAGAGGACGAAGGUCUGGAAUUGGGAACCUUCUAUGUCUUCAGUGUGCGAGUCAGCGACGGCCGCCGGUCUUCUGCGUGGUCCGCAUGCUCUAGACCGGUCUUGUUC